AUGUUUCUCCCCCCACUCCUCUUCCUCUCCCUCCUCACAAGCAGCGCCCCCGUCUUCGCUCUCAACUUCGAUUGGGAAAAGAUUCAACUCACCGAAGCAGAAACACGCAACUACUCCGCAAUCCAAUUCGCCGGCCCCUUAAGCAAUGCUCCCAAAAAAAAUUGCCGGAGCAUCCCCGGAGACGCAGACUGGCCCACUGAAGCACAAUGGGCCAAGUUCAACAAGACGCUAGGAGGAGCUUUGCUCAAACCUCGGCCACUGGCGGCAGCGUGUUAUAGUGGCCCGCAGUAUGAUGCAAAUCGGUGUCAGGAGUUGAAGCAGAUGUGGAGCAAUACUUUCUUGCAUAUGAGUGAUCCUACCAGUAUAAUGUCGCAGUGGUCAUCAGGGAAUACGUGCGUUCCGACUUCGAACCCGAAUUCUACGUGCUCCCAGGGUGGAUAUCCGGUUUAUGUUGUCAAUGCGACAACAGUGCGUCACGUCCAAUUAGCUGUAAAUUUUGCAAGGAACUCUAACAUUCGGCUAGUAGUGAAAAACUCCGGUCAUGACUUCAACGGCAAAUCUAUCGGCGGCAACGCCCUCUCCGUUUGGACCCACAAUCUAAAGGCUCUCACAUACCACACCAACUACAGUGCCCCCGAAUACACAGGUCGAGCUGUAGCUUAUGGCGCAGGUAUCCAAGCUUUCGAUGCCUAUAAGGCAAUGUCCACGUACAACAUGACGAUGAUCGUAGCAGGCGGCUCCACAGUAGGCCUUGCAGGGGGGUUUGUGCAAGGAGGAGGCCACUCGACGUAUACAAGUUUCUAUGGCCUGGCUGCAGAUCAGGUGCUCAGGAUACAAGCUGUUACUGCUAGUGGGAAGUUUGUGAACGCUGAUGCAGAGGAAAAUGAGGAUCUUUAUUGGGCAUUUAGAGGGGGAGGGGGAGGAACAUAUGGCAUCAUCACAUCCAUCGUUGUUAAAGCAUUUCCAGUAACCCCGGUUGCUUCGGGAAGCAUAGCUUUUUCAACGGUAGCGAAUCCAGCAAUUAAGAAUAGUACAGCGGUUCCAGUGGAAACGUUCUGGAAAGGUGUGAAGGAGUAUUGGGCAUACUGUAUCGCUCUCUGUGAUGCUGGUGGCUUAGGCUACAACUUCAUCCGCCACACCCACUCGGCCAACACCACAGGCCUAACCUUCACAACCUCUAUCUCCCUGCCCAACCACACCAUCCCCCAAUACCGCCAAUUCAUCCGCCCUCUUAUCCAAAAACUAAACACUAUCGGCAUUCCCCUUCCCCUGCCCCCAAUCCAACGUUUCAACAACUACUACACCCGCGACAUCCCCAAUGCUGUCUCCGGUGACACCGUUGGAAACACGCGUUUUGCGUCUCGCUUUUUCCUACGCUCAAACUACGACACUCACUCCGCGCUGGAAGAAAUGCACGCUGCGAUCCGGGAUUUUGUAGAAGGAGGAGGAUAUACGCUUCACGGAAUAAACUACUCCCCGACGUUAGAGGUGGCUGGGAAUCCCGAUAAUGCAGUCCACCCAGCGUUCCGGGAAACCAUCAUGCACGCCGAAGGCUUCGACAGCUCUGCAUGGUGGGAUGGGAAAACCCCCAUCGCCUCCAUCUCCUCGCAAAAAUCGCAGCAUGACCGCUUACAAUCUUAUAUGCAGAAGUGGAGGGAUAUUACUCCGGGGAGUGGGAGUUAUAUUAAUGAGGGUGACGCCCAGGAGCCGGAAUGGAAAGAUGCUUUUUUUGGAAGUAAUUAUGAGAGGUUGGCGGCAGUGAAGAGAAGGUGGGAUCGCUGGGGAUUGUUUUAUACGGUUAGUGGCGUGGGCAGUGAUGAGUGGGAAGUUAAGGGGAGUAGUGGGGGUGGGAGGGAGGGUGUGUUGACGCAGGAUGGGAGACUGUGUAGAGUGGGUGUGUGA